UCUGAGAUCAAACAGGUAUUAACAUCGAGACAACAUGAGGAUGCAUAUCUUAUAUGGCAUGUUUUUUCUAUUUUCUACGUUGAAAACAUCUUCAGGCGCUGAAUGGUGCUACCAGUCUCAGGUUACAUGUGCCAAGCCAUGUCAAGGUCCAUCUAAAUGGACAGAAGUAGCGAUGACUUGUGGUGGACAGGCCCAGUCUCCAAUCAACAUAGUCACCAAGAAGGCACGCACAGACGAGCGCCUUAAGCCACUCCAUUACACUGGCUACCAGUUUGGAUUCCACAGUGACAUCAUCAACAAUGGCCAUUAUGUCCAGGUGAGCCUACCAGACAGCGCAAAGAUUGAUGGUGGCAACUUGGAGUCGACUUACAAGACACUUCAGCUUCAUUUUCACUGGGGUGCCCAUGGAGGACCAGGGUCUGAACACACCAUUGAUGGAGAGCAGUAUCCUAUGGAGAUGCAUAUUGUUCAUAUAAAACAAGAAUAUCAUUCAAUAAGUGAGGCCCUAAAGGACAAAACUGGAGUUGCUGUUCUUGGAUUCUUUUACCAAGAAUCAGGAAGUUCAAACAAAAAAUAUGAAUCCAUUGUAAAUGCUCUGAAAUACAUCACACAGCCAGGUAAUAACACCACAGUGAAAGAUUUGUCUCUGGACAUGCUGAUCCCAUCUCAGGAAAACCUGACUACGUACUAUCGUUAUCAGGGCUCAUUGACUACUCCAGACUGUGAUGAGUCAGUGGUUUGGACUGUGUUUGAAAAUGCCAUUCCUCUCAGUAAAGAACAGCUGUCGGCAUUUUCCCAGCUAAGUUUUGCAGAUGGAAAAAACAUGACUGGCACUUACCGACCAGUGCAGCCUUUAAAUGGACGGGAGGUGUAUCGCUCUGGGAGUGUGGUGGUGUGGGUCAACACUGUGGUCCUCCUCAGCUCAGUACUAGCAGCAGUUGGCCUGUCUUUGCCAGACUGACGUUUUCUAUAUUUUGUUCAUCAAGGACAUCAUGUCAAAUGAAUCAUAAUAUUCAUGGCAUAUUGAUUAUGUUGAAUAUCUGCUAAUUAUGAGCAUUUGGCCGCUGCAUGUCAUCAGGUUACAAUUAGGCCCGUAUAUGAAAUAUUUUAAAGUCUUAAUUAUUGCAUUAGCCGAUUAUUCUGCCUGUUUAAAAUAUGUGGUUGAACAACUUUCACUUACACUAUCGGUCAAAAGUUUGGGGUCACUUAGAAAUGUCCAUCCCACUCCAUUAAAGACAGAAUACCAAGCUGAGAUCAGUUGCAUUGUCAGGGCAGCAGUUUUCAGAUUACAUUAUGUGCUUACAUAAUUGCAGAAGGGUUCUGUCUAUAAUGGAGUGGAAUGGAAUUUUCUAAGUGACCACAACAUUUUGCCUGGUAGUGUAUUUAUUGUUAUAUAGGCCUAUGUGUGAUAUUUGAGAUAUGAAGUACGUGAAGUAUGUGAAGUAUGUAAAGUAUUUGAUUGUCUGAUUUAUCUUUUAAACUACUACAUGGUCUGAAAAGAGUGGUGAAAUAAAAGCUUUUAUUGUCCUGAGAUAACAGUAUAUUCUGGAACAAAUUCAGCCUUCAUCUGGCACAGAUAUGUCCAAUGUCAAGGUCGGAUAUUUCAUUGUUGACCUACAUUGUUUGACUGAGUGAUGCAAGAGUUAAAGGCUGCAGUCAUUUGCAGAUAAGUGUUAACAAGUUCCUCCUUUUAAAUAAAAAUCUGGAAAAAAAUACUU